AUGGCUGAAGAACCACCUGGGGUGGAAACACCGCAGUCGCCUCUGCUACUGCUGCUGACCCCACCACCUGAGGUUCUGGGCAAGAUCCUGAGCGAGCAGUUUGGCCCCCUGCCUCUCAUGGCUCCCAUCACCCGCAUGAAGAGGAAGCCUUCCGGCCACUACUUCCCCACGGAGAACCAGGAGCAGGUGCUGGGUCGGAGGCGCGCUGCUAACGCCAAGGAGAGAGAGAGGAUAAAGAACUUGAACAGUGGCUUUUCCAAGCUCAAAUCUAUUGUGCCGCUGCUCCCAAAGGAUCGGAAGCCCAGUAAGGUUGAUAUGCUUAAAGCAGCGGCUGAAUAUAUUCGCCUGUUGCGCUUGAUUUUGGAUGAAACUGGAGGGAUUGAGGUUGAAGACUCAUCAGACAAUCACCCUUCUGGGUCCAUUUCAGCACCAGGGCCCCUAGAGAAGUGUUUACUAGGAAGCAGCACCACGUCACCAAGAUCCAACUGUUACAUUAAGGCAGAAAAUGGCGUGGAGAUGGUUUGGACCAAUCAGAUGGUGGAGGCCCCUGUCUGUACCUGGGGGGAAAUGAUUCUGCCUGCCUACAUGGGGAUUGUAGAACUUCACAAAAGUGGAUAA